AUGGAUUUCAGAGUAAUGAGUAGUUGGGACUCGCCGAUCCUGCACACUUUGCAGCAGAUGAUGGACAUGGCGGCGGCUGAUGACAAGUCCUCAAACGCUCCUUCGAGUGCAUACGUUCGAGAUGCCAAGGCCAUGGCGACGACUCCAGCGGACGUUAAGGAGUACCCAAAUUCGUACGUGUUCAUAAUCGAUAUGCCCGGUCUAAAGUCAAGGGAGAUAAAGGUGCAGGUGGAGGGCGACAAUGUCCUCGUGAUAAGCGGAGAGAGGAAGAGGGAGGAGGAGAAAGACAAAGAGGGGGCAAAGUACGUGAGGAUGGAGAGGAGGAUGGGAAAGUUAAUGAGGAAGUUUGUCCUGCCAGAAAAUGCAAACACCGAUGCUAUCUCGGCCGUCUGCCAGGACGGAGUGCUCACCGUCACUGUCCAGAAGUUGCCUCCUCCUGAGCCAAAGAAGCCAAAGACCAUUGAGGUCAAGAUCGCUUGA